GGGCGUUGGGCGGGUCCGUGGCGGAGUUAGUCGCAGUCUAUUCUCGGGCGGGUCGGCGGGUACAGAAAACUUCACCAAAGAUGUCCAAGCAACAACCAACUCAGUUUAUAAAUCCAGAAACUCCUGGCUAUGUUGGAUUUGCAAAUCUUCCCAAUCAAGUUCACCGAAAAUCAGUGAAAAAAGGUUUUGAGUUCACACUAAUGGUGGUUGGUGAAUCAGGCCUAGGAAAAUCAACUUUGAUAAACAGCCUGUUCCUGACUGAUCUCUACCCAGAAAGAAUCAUACCUGGAGCUGCAGAGAAAAUUGAAAGAACUGUCCAAAUUGAAGCUUCAACUGUUGAGAUUGAAGAGCGGGGGGUCAAGCUGCGCCUGACAGUAGUGGACACCCCUGGCUAUGGUGAUGCCAUUAACUGCAGGGACUGUUUUAAAACGAUCAUCUCCUACAUCGAUGAGCAGUUUGAACGGUACCUGCAUGAUGAGAGUGGGCUGAACCGGCGGCACAUCGUGGACAACAGGGUGCACUGCUGCUUCUACUUCAUCUCACCCUUCGGCCACGGACUUAAACCCUUAGAUGUUGCAUUCAUGAAGGCCAUACACAAUAAGGUGAACAUCGUACCUGUCAUUGCAAAGGCAGACACUCUCACUCUGAAGGAACGGGAGAGGUUAAAGAGAAGGAUUCUGGAUGAAAUUGAAGAACAUAACAUUAAAAUCUAUCACUUACCCGAUGCAGAAUCAGAUGAAGAUGAAGAUUUUAAAGAGCAGACUAGACUUCUCAAGGCCAGCAUCCCUUUCUCCGUGGUUGGGUCCAAUCAGCUGAUUGAAGCUAAAGGGAAGAAGGUCAGAGGCCGUCUCUACCCUUGGGGUGUUGUGGAGGUGGAGAACCCAGAGCAUAACGACUUUCUGAAGCUGAGGACGAUGCUCAUAACCCACAUGCAGGACCUGCAGGAGGUGACCCAGGACCUUCACUAUGAAAACUUCCGUUCUGAGAGGCUCAAGAGAGGCGGCAGGAAAGUGGAGAGUGAGGACAUGAAUAAAGAUCAGAUCUUGCUGGAAAAGGAAGCUGAGCUCCGCCGCAUGCAGGAGAUGAUCGCGAGGAUGCAGGCGCAGAUGCAGGCCCAGAUGCAGGGAGGGGAUGGCGACGGCGGGGCGCUCGGGCACCAUGUGUGAGGUGACGUGCACAUAAAAUACUCUCCUGGAUAAAAAAGGAAAACAUUCCAGAUGGUAACAUUGCUGCCUGUUUCAUGAGCUCGUUGGAAUGGUGCCCACCAAUGUUUCACAGAACCUGUGCCUGAGAAUUUAAUUUUUGUUUUUUUAAACUUUUGGUGUGUUUUUUUUUUUUUAUGAAGUGCUUUUAGUAUCUGUAUUUCAUUGCUGUUUCACCUUAUAUUUUGAGGUGAACUUUGCUUUUUAUUUUUUCCUUAACUCUAAUGUUAGAAUUGAUUUCUAAGAAUCAGUCAACAUGUAUAAUUAAUACGGAAUUUCUUUAUUUAGCUGACCUAACUGGCUAAUUUUUAUGAGCACUCUUGAUUUAUAUCUAGACUAUUCAGAUUUACCCAGAAUGUUUCUGACUGGGAGAGGCAUGUGCCUCGAGAUGCAGAAAGAUGUGCUGACCAGGUGCAGGGCCAUCUACUUGCCAAGUUGCACCCUACGGACACUUCACUUCCUUGCUCUUACUUAUGUCUGUGCACAAUACCUAAAACCAGUUCAGCUGCUAUAAUUCAAUACUGUUAUCAUUUAUCUGUUAACCAGAUAAAACAUAAUAGAAUCAUCUAAUGAGAUAUAUGUUAAUACUUACAUAGCUUCUUUAAAACAGGCUUUUAGAGGUGUAUUUUAAGAAGUCUUGAUCUAGGUCAUUUUUGAAACCACUAUGCAGAGAAGUCAUCACAAGCCAGUUUUUGUAGUGUUCUGUACUGAUACUGGUUAUACUGUGCUACAGAGAAAAAUCAAAGCAGCUAUGAGCUCUAGUUUUCAUAUUGCAACUAAAGUUCUUACCUACACAUUGGGAGUCAGUGAACUAUUUUUACUCAACUAAAUUAAUAAAUAUUUUUAAGGAAAAUUAGCAGUUGACCUGUUUUGAAACCAACCUUUUUUAUGUUUCAUACUGUACUUUAGUGCAUUUUCUGUAACUGGGACUUAGAAGACCCUCUUCAGCUGUGGGGUCAUUUGGCUAAUGUGCCCGUGAACGCAGGCCAGUCACUGAACAGUGUUUCGCCCUAAGGUCUCACUCCAUGAAGCCCAAAUGCCUAUCAUGUUUUCCUGAUUUGGGUUUCCAUUAACUACUCACUUUUGAAUAUUUUUCUGAUGGGAGAAAAAUAGCAGUCUUUUUUUUUCAUGUGCAGACUGCCUUCAUUUAUUUUCAACCAUUGUUAUUUUGUUACACAAAUUUCUCCAUAUGCUAUGUAAAAAUGAAAGACGUUCCACACCUGUAGGGUAGGCUGGUUAAUAGACUGUGCAUACUUGAAGCCACAUCUGGUUGGUUUUCUGUGCAUUGUGCCUUGACUCUCACCCUUCCUACCUUUUCCUCCUGUGAAUGCCUCUGGCACACUUUCAUCAUUAUUACAUUAGGAAAUUCCAAGCCAGAUGAAAGGACACAGUUAUAUACAGAGCAGGUGUGGUUCAGUAUUUUCAUUUCACUACAAUAGGAGAAACUCAGGUGGAGAAAAUGCUUAAUCUGAGGAUGAGACAGGGCUUUUGUUUUGGCCAGAAAAAAAGAUAAAAAUGAAAUGGUCAAGUAAUCUGAGUCCUGAAGGCAUACUGCCCUGCUUACCGUGCCCCUCCACUGUUGCAUCAUUGUGCUGGGCGCAGGGGGGCUUGUGGUGUGAGGUUUUUUCCCCAAGAAAAAGUAUCGCACGGUUUUCAAGUACAUCCAUGCAGUCAGUUAUUUGAGUUUUUUACAUUUAAUAACUUGGCUGGAAAAAGCUAUAAAAACCAAAAGCAUUUGCAAGUAAUUGAUGUAUGUCCUAUGUAUGUUUGAAUAAAGUACUGUGUGGGGAAAAGGUAAGGCCUGACUGUUAGGGUGGGAGGGCACACACUGUGACACUUCUAAAUCUCUUUUUGUUUGGUUAUUCAAAUCUAAAUAAAUGCUUUUGCGAAUAGAAAAUUGCUUUUACUACGA